AUGUCAAAAUCCCAAACUCCUGCCCUAUCUUCAUUCAAUUUUACAGAAAGCAACCUUACAGACACAUCUAGGCUUGAAAUAGGUCCAAAUAUUUGGAAUCUUGCUAUCAUUGAUAAUAUUGACAUCAGAGACCACACAUAUUCAUAUGGGAAUAUUUUUGAUGUGACUUGUAACACAAAACAUGCUGUUGUUAGGACUUCACUCCAGUAUAAGUUACCACAUCCUGUUGAAACACCUAUUGAUGAUAGUGAGCAAAUAUUACCAGAACCAAUCUUUUCUGAUCAGUUUGCUAAUGAAUGGAUUGAAAAAUAUGAUGAUAUUUUUUCUGUUUUAUAUGAAGAAAAUAAUAAAGAUUUUGGAAUGGAGAAAAUUAAUGAAUCAAUUCGAAAAUACAUAAAAACUGGAUUAUUUCAAUCUAAAACGUGGAAUGAAUUAAUUCAUAUCACUGAAAAUAUUAGUGAAAUUGCAGAUAUGAAAUUUGGUGAACUUGCUAAAUUUUCAAUUACAUCUGGAUGA